GCCGCCGCCGUCGCCUCCGCCUCCUUUCCUGCCGCCUCCUCUGCUCCCCGGGCACCGAGGGCGAUGGACGCCGGCUGCCUGUGGGCCCGCAGCCUGCUGCUCUUCCUCGGUUACCUAUUGCAAGCAGUCCUGGGCACAACAGUGAUCCCGUUAUGUGGGCCUGGUGAAAUGGAGAACUGCACAACAGCACUCAUCCAGACAGAGAACAGCCCACGUGUGGCCCAAGUUGGGAUAACAAGAUGCAAGCCUGAAAUGAAGGACUACUGCUUCCAUGGGCAGUGUGUGUACAUCGUGGACUUGGAUGAGCACUACUGCAGGUGUGACGUGGGUUUCUCGGGGGUGCGCUGCGUGCACUCGGAGCUGGUGCGGCAGCCCCUCAGCAAGGAGUACGUGGCGCUGACCGUCAUCGUGGUCCUGCUCUUCCUCGCUGCCCUCUCCCUCGCCGCCUACUACGUCUGCAGAAGGUACCGCAGCAAGAGGAGACAGACAAACGCCAGUGAAUACAAGGAAGUUGGUGCCCUAUAGGAGAAGCUGUGGCUUCCUGCAGUGUUCAGUUCAUCUGGAUGGACUUACCACCUACACGUCUAUUUAAAUGUUAUUUUUGUUAAUAAUAUUUACAAUAUUUAUAACCUUUAAAAAAUUUCAAUUGUUUGGUGAUUCAAUAAGCAUAGGUCAAGCAUUUUAUGUUCAGUGUUUUAUUUUUUUAUUAAAUAUUUCCUAAAGGGAAUCCCACCUAGGUGGUUCUUUGGGAUAGAGAUAUAUUUUUAUAAAAACUCAUCUUCUUGCUCUGGAGAGAAGAAUUUUAUAUUUAUUCUUGUGAAUAUACUCAAAGCAAUUGUAUUCCUUGAAAUAAAACUUCUAGACAAAGCCAAAA